AUGGUGGCACCGUCCUCCCUCCCAGCGACGUCCUCGCACCCGCACAGCACCAUAGCAUCUGCCACAUUCGACCAAAGCCGCGAGCUCGGCCAGGUCGAUCCCAAACCCCCACAGCAGGAUGGAGCAGCGGUAGCAAGUCCGCCUGUCGGUGCGGCAGGCAAUCUGAAAGAGCGCAAACCAUGGGCACAUCUCGUAGCGGGCGGCGCAGGAGGGAUGACCGCGGCGACACUCACAUCGCCCCUGGACGUGCUCAAGACGAGGCUACAGAGCACUUUCUAUCAGUCGCAGUUGGCAGCGAGCAGAGCAGCAAAGGGGAUCCCACCGCCGAGUCAGAUGAGCUUUCUGAGAGCGAGCUGGCUGCACAUCAGUGAGACGGGACAGAUUCUGGCACAAAUACCGAAAGUCGAGGGCUGGAGGGCGUUGUUCAAGGGGUUGGGACCGAAUCUGAUCGGUGUGGUGCCGGCUCGAGCAAUUAACUUCUGGGCGUAUGGAAAUGGAAAGAGAGUGUACAGCAACUGGCUCUUCAACGGACAAGAGAGCGCUGGCGUGCAUCUGCUGGCAGCUGCGACCGCGGGUAUCAUCACGGGCACAGCUACGAACCCUAUCUGGCUGGUAAAGACGAGGCUACAACUGGAUAAACAGAAUGCAGGGCCUGGUGGACAAGGGAGGCAGUAUCGCAACGCAUGGGAUUGUGUCGCUAAAACAGUGCGGCAGGAGGGCAUCAGAGGACUGUACAGGGGUCUUUCAGCAUCAUACCUGGGUGUGAGCGAGAGUACUCUCCAAUGGGUUCUCUAUGAACAAGCGAAAAGCUCGCUAUCCCGACGACAAGCACUUAUCGAAGCACAACAUCGCCAGCCGACCGCUUGGGAUAAGACAGUUGAAUGGACUGGUAAACUUACGGCAGCUGGUGGAGCCAAGUUUGUGGCUGCUUUGAUCACAUAUCCUCACGAAGUUGUGCGGACGAGAUUACGGCAGGCGCCAGUGGAUGCUUCUGGACGAGUCAAAUACACUGGACUCUGGAGCUGUUUCGUCACAGUCUUCAGAGAAGAAGGCAUGCCAGCUUUGUACGGCGGUUUGGUCCCUCACAUGCUGAGAGUGGUGCCCAGUGCGGCUAUCAUGUUCGGCGUGUACGAAGGUGUACUGUGGAGUCUGGGCGAGAGCUCUGGUGUAUAA